AUGCUUCAGCACUUUCUUUUUACGGCGGCCCUUGCGGCCGUGGGGCAAUGCGCGUCCACCGUCCUCGAGUCGCUCCCUGCGCAACCCCGUGGUUGGACGCGUCUGGCAGAUGCCUCCCCAGACCACACGCUGAAGCUGCGCAUUGCGCUGCACCAACCGGACGAGGCCUUGUUCGAGCGGACUCUAUACGAAGUCUCAGACCCCGCACACGCCAAAUACGGCCAGCAUCUCUCGAGGGAUGAGCUCUCGGCUCUGUUGGCCCCUCGGGCAGAGUCGACGUCGGCUGUGCUCUCCUGGCUUCGCGACGCCGGCAUCGAGAGCUCUAAAGUUGAAGAAGACGGCGAAUGGAUCAACGUCAGGAUUACGGUCCGAGAGGCCUCCGCCCUCCUGGAUGCUGACUUUGCAGUUUGGGGCCACGAGGGCACCAAAGUGAAGAGAGUGCGAGCUCUGAAGUAUUCCGUGCCCGAGGAGGUUGCUGGCCACAUCAGGAUGGUCGCCCCUAUUGUCAGGUUCGGACAGGUCCGCCCUGCCAAAAGCCAGGUAUUCGAGGUGGUCGAUGCCAAGACGCCCCAGCUCAAGGCCGCCGCAAUCCCGCCUCAGAACUUGAAUGUCACCGCCUGCAAUGCGACCAUCACGCCCGAAUGUCUCAGGGCCCUGUACAAGGUCGGCUCGUAUCAGGCUGAGCCCAGCAAGAACAGCCUCUUCGGCGUGUGCGGAUAUCUUGAGGAGUGGGCCAAGUACGACCAGCUCGAGCUGUUCACCGACAAGUAUGCUCCGUAUGCUGCCGAGUCCAACUUCACCGCUGUCGGCAUCAGUGGCGGGGUGAACAACCAGGCGCCCUCGUCACAGGAUGACGUCGAAGCGAACCUGGACAUGCAGUACGCCGUUGCCAUGUCGUACAAGACUCCCAUCACCUACUAUAGCACUGGUGGACGAGGACCUCUGGUGCCGGAUCUCGAUCAGCCCGAUGCGAACGAUAGUUCCAACGAGCCGUACCUGGACUUCUUGACAUACAUGCUCAAGCUGCCUGACUCCAAGCUGCCGCAGACCCUGACGACAUCCUAUGGCGAGGAUGAGCAAUCUGUCCCUCGUGCCUAUGCCGAGAAGGUCUGCCAGAUGUUCGGCCAGCUCGGUGCUCGUGGCGUGUCCGUCAUCUUCUCGUCCGGAGAUACCGGCGUCGGUUCCGCAUGCCAGACGAACGACGGCAAGAACACGACCCGCUUCCUUCCCAUUUUCCCAGCCGCCUGCCCUUACGUCACGUCUGUCGGUGCAACGCGCUAUGUGGAUCCGGAAUACGCUGUCAGCUUCUCGUCGGGCGGUUUCUCUGACAUCUGGCCGCGGCCGUCGUACCAAUCAGCGGCGGUAUCCAAGUACCUGCGCAAGCAGCUGGGAGACCGCUGGAAGGGCUUGUACAACCCGGCAGGCCGUGGCUUCCCGGACGUUGCUGCCCAGGGGGUGUACUACCACGUUUUCUCCCGUGACCAGGACAUCCUCGUGUCGGGCACCAGCGCGUCGGCGCCCAUGUUCGCCUCCCUGGUCAGCCUGCUCAACAACGCCCGUCUCGCGCGCGGCAUGCGCCCGCUGGGCUUCCUCAACCCGUGGCUGUACGCCGUCGGCUCGGCUGGCUUCACCGACAUCGUCCACGGUGGAUCGACCGGCUGCACCGGCACGGACAUGUACUCGGGCUUACCGACGCCGUACGUGCCGUAUGCGUCCUGGAACGCGACGCCUGGCUGGGACCCAGUGACAGGGUUGGGAACACCCAUCUUUGACAAGCUGCUGGAUUUGAGCACGCCUGGCGGGAAGUGGAAGCAUAUUGGGGGCAAGAAUUGA